ACACAACCAUAGGCAUUCUAGAUUAUCGCACACGCAAACAUUGAAAUUAUAAACAAAUGUCAAAUAAGUUGUUAGACUGGUGUCAACAAAAUAAAAGUGGAAUAUCAACAAAAUCAUUGAUUGAACGUAUAAAAACUGUCGCAGAUCUUGAAUGCUGUUUCAGUUGAUGCUGGUUGAAAGUGAAGACGAUUUCAUAAAAUAAAUCAUGCGCCUGCAAUUCACACUUUGGGCAGUUGUGCUGCUUUUGGUUAUGACAUUCACAAUGCACACGUUCGCUGAGGAUGAGUCAAGCGUGGAUAUUAGUAUGGAUUUUGAUGAUGGUGAAAAAACAGAAGAUGGUGUGUCCGAGGAUACUAGCUCUUACUAUGGUUAUGAUUAAGAAACUCAACCUGGAUUUUAGUGUUAAUUGCCGUUGGAUAAAUAAAUAUUAAGCAAACUUUUUGAAGUGUAUCACAGCGAUCGGCGCUAGCUUAUCGAGAACAAGGUCUUAAGUCGUGAAAGUUCUCGACUGGAAAAGUUUACUAUCGCUGGCUAAUUGUAAUAAGUGAUUAAUAGACUUUCAAAUGUGCCCAGAUGCCAUAUAAAUCACAGAAGUCGACUUCGACCAAGUCGCAUAUCCAACAAAGAUGUCAAAGCAGCUGCUGCUCCAGCUCUUGUUUGUGCUUCUGGCCACAGUUGCAGGUGAAUGUGGCAACAUUUUUGCUGGCCACAAAACAAACUCACAAUCGUGAUGCGUGUGCUUCCAGGUAGACAACUGAUGUUGCGUCCGCUGAGUGGAGCCGAGACUCGAGCUCUCCUCGAUCGUCAAGAACUUGCCGAGGGUCGCUCAGUGCGCAGUGGACUUGCGGCACUUGGUGGCUAUACCCUGGGAUUAAGCAAGGCGCUGUUGGGUGUCUUCAUCUACGAUGUGAUAACGGCGAAUGUGAGCAGCAUUGAAAGUGAAACGAGCAACGGAUAUGCGCAACAAGUGUGCUUCAACACAAACGGUUUGCUGACAACCACCGAAGGUCGCUCCAAUAAUAUUAUCGAUGAAGACGAUGAUGAUAAGUUUGUCUACAAUCCAUAUGAAGACGACGAUGUCUAUGAUAAUCUGGGGCGACAAACUACAAGCACAGAUACAGAUACAGAUAGCGAUACAACUAGCACCGAUUCUGGGGACACGGCAACGACGUUGAGCGAUGCGGAUUCCAAUGUUGCCACUUGUAUAAUUUUAUAUCGAAAUAGAUGAACUUUGAGGUCAAAACCGGUUGCUGUUGUUAUUGUUAUUGUUUUUGUUGUCGGCGGGUCACGAAAACGAGGGCAAAAGUGCUUUACAUAUAUGCAAAACUUAAUCUGUAACUUUCUUUGGCAAAUGCGGCCAAUAAAAGUGGCACAGAACCUCGCGGCUGUUUCAGUUAACAAACAGAUCGAGGCAUGAAAUCGUCGCCAAUUCUGCUUUGGGCAUUUGCCCUUUUCCUACUCUCAGCUCUUGGCUCACCUGUGGCAGCCGGUCGCAUCUCGUUGCGUCCUUUGUCGCCCAGUGAACUGCGCAGCGCUUUGCACGAUGUCACCAGCCAAGGAGUCGAAAGAUCUCCGGAUGGUCGCUCGGUUUCUUCAGCUUUGGCUGCUCUGAAAGGAUUCGCUUUGGGUGUCACCAAUGGCAUUGGCGGCGCUUUGCUCUACGAUGUGGCCACUUCGAAUGAGACGAUCGCUUACCUGAGCAAUCUCUUCGAUCAACUCAACACUACUUUGAGUAGCUACUCCACCUCUGGCAGCAGCAGCAGCAGCAACGAUGAAGGAACUGUGCAGGAAGUUUGCUUCUCCAGUCGCAGUCUAAAUGGCGAUGCGAUACAAGCACGUUAUAAUAAUGAUGAGAAUGACGAAGAGUUGGAUGAUGAUCAAGAGUUCUAUGACGAUGAGCAGGAAGAGGAGCCAGAAGAACAGCUACGAGAAGUAGACUACAGCGAUAAUUCCAUUGGUAAUGCACUGACCUGCAUUGUGGUCAACACGGGACAAGCCAUUUUGCGGCAUCGUCGCAGUCUGGAUAAUGAACAGGUAACAGGUCAAGACGGAGAAGUGAUAUUCAUUAGAAAAGCAGCGAAAUAAAAGUUACAAGUU